AUGGGAACCAACGCAGCUUCAUUUAAGGCAGAAUGCUUUUUAGGACUGAAGGAAAAGCUUGAUAGUCGCACUGCGACUGUGGGUGUGAUCGGACUGGGUUAUGUUGGCCUUCCCCUAGUUCAUACCCUCCACAACGCCGAAUUCUCGGUGAUCGGAUACGAUACAGACUCCUCCAAAAUCAAGAAGCUGUCCUCAGGUAUCUCUUACAUUCAGCACAUCCCCCUCGAGGUCGCGCAAUCCCUCUCGCUCUCUACUUCGUUCACACCAACAGAUAACUUUGAGACCUUGAAACAGUGCGAUGUCCUCAUCCUUUGCCUACCCACACCUGUCGGAAGCCAUAACGAACCGGAUAUGUCUUUUGUUUUAUCAUCGGCAAAGCGAAUUGCUUCCAUCAUGACGAAGGGCACACUUGUUGUCCUCGAGUCCACCACGUACCCCGGUGCAACUGACACAGAUAUGGUAGAGGUGUUAAACGAAUCCGGUUUGACGCUCGGUAGCGACUAUUUCCUCGCGUAUUCACCAGAGCGUGAGGACCCCGGCAAUGUGACGAUGCACACGCACGAAAUCCCAAAACUCCUUGGUGGAGUCGAUGCAAGUUCUGGCGCGCUAGCGGAACUACUCUACAGACAAGGAGGGUUUCUCAAUGUCGUUCGAGUGUCGUCGGCACGAGUGGCGGAGUGUGCGAAACUGCUCGAGAACACAUAUCGCGCUGUGAACAUCGCGCUGGUGAACGAGCUGAAGACAGUAUUUUCAAGUAUGCACGUUAACAUUUGGGAAGUGCUGGAUGCUGCGGGAACAAAACCGUUCGGAUUCCAGCGAUUUAACCCUGGGCCUGGGAUUGGGGGGCAUUGCAUUCCGGUGGACCCUUUCUAUCUGACGUGGAAGGCUAAGGAGACGGGUGCACCAUGCGGAUUCAUUGAGCUGGCGGCUCUGGUGAAUGCAAAGAUGCCGGGGGUGGUGGUAGAGAGCGUACAGGGGGCGCUGAACGAGGUGUGUAAGAGCGUGAAGGGAAGUAAGAUACUGCUGCUGGGUAUUGCAUACAAAGGGAAUGUGGACGAUAUUCGGGAAGCACCUGCACUGGUAAUUUGGGAGAAUUUGUUGGACUUGGGGGCGGACGUGAAGUACCAUGACCCGUUUGUACCGGUUGUGUGUCCAACGAGAAAGCAUCCGAGACUUUCUGGGGAAAGAAGCGUAGGACUCGAUGGCAGUGCCGACUGUGCUGGGUUUGAUGCGGUGGUGCUGGUGACGAAUCAUGAUAGGUUUGAAGAGUUUAGGUUUUUAAGAGGGUUUGAAGGAGCAGUGAUUGAUACGCGAAAUGCGAUUCCGGAGAGCCUUGGCAUUACGAUCAUCAGAGCUUGAGUUUGUUGACCUUCUGGCCAAAGCUGUUGCAGCUGCAUGCCGAUACUAUAUCUGGGAGGCGUCUCUGGAGUGGCGCAUCGAAAUAAGGGGCAAGCUAGACUCUAUUUUGGCCUUUUCAGCCGUGGACGAUAGAGCGGGACUUGAGAUAUACAUGGAAGUGAGGCUCAAAGCAAACUUAGCAUUGUUAGUUGUUGAGUAUUUCAAAAGAUUCGCGCUCCACGCACA